AAUGUGCCAUUUGGCAUUCUUUAAGGCAUAAUUUUUUGACACGUGGUAUGCCACGCGUCUCCUCUACGAAUGACUUACCAAAUUUGCGGUCUGCUAAAGGAAAGAAUUAAAGUGCCCAUAAUUUACCGUCUCUGCUUGGCUAAAGCCGAAGGAAAGUAUGGAAGAUCCUAAUGAUCUCUACAAUUAGAUGUUGAUUCGGCCAAUCUUCUUCACAUCCAUGAUGGGGUUUGGGUAAAUGGGUUAUGUGUAUUGCAGCAAAAGCUGUGGCCUUUCAGUGGCAAUCUCUCUGGCUGACAAGAGUUUCCAUCAAGAAGACCAGAACUCAAGGCCGGAGCGAUAACGGAAAAGAACACCGGUUUGAAAACAGUGAAGAUUUCGCCCGACUUCAGGAUCAACCCAGAUCCGCAUUUUGGUCAUGUAAUUUUUUCUGGGAGGAGUUUGCAAAUACAGGCCAUGAUGGAGAUGAAAUUGAUGUUGACAGGAGAGGGUUUGAGACCUGGAGAAACAUGUCUAAAAUGUAUUUUUUUGUCAUUACGGGCAAGUUGAUUCGGCCAAUCUUCUUCAGAUCCAUGGCCGUGUCCAAGAUUCCGCCACUCUCUGCAAUUCGGUUCUUCGCCUAUUUAUUCACAGAGAAGGAAGCUAUCCAAAAUUACACACCUCUUCUACGCCAAUUACCCCAUCUCUUCUUCGUCAAAUGAAAGAAUCGGUAUUUCACCGAUCUAUCUUUAUCUCUUCGUCACCAAGGAGUUCGACACCGAAUUAAAGUUCGGAAUGUUCAAGAUUGCAAUAAUUCUUUAUUUGGUUGAAAUUAUUGAACCACAGUGCCGCCUGCCGGACCAAUCUGGGGGGCUAAUCCGGCCUUCCUUCUCCGAUGGGUACCUCUACCCUAUUUCGCCGGAAUUUCGUCGGGGGCACUUGCCCAGACUGAUUUUAAAUCAAAGAAAAAGGACUUUUAGGUGCAUUGUCCAUCCGGGGGAGGUGUUCACUGUGGCGUUGCAGCAAUUGUUGCAGGGUACCAACGGAUUAGCGGCUAUAUGAUCAUCUGGGUAUGAUCACCUCUAAUUCUUCUUUUGAUUAUUUCUUCACUAAAGCCUUACUUGGAAA